AUGUGUGCAUUUGUGGCUGCACAUGCUGGUGCUGGGACGCAUCCACAUAAGACGGAGGAUGUUUGCCUAAAAGCAGUAUGCAAAUCGAAAGGAGACAUUGUUGAAGCCGUUAAGGAACUUGAGAAUGACUUUAGGACAAAUUGCAGUUUUGGUUCAAAUCUAACAUUUGAUGGACAUGUGGAAUGCGAAGCAGCUUUUACAUCUUCCAAAGGUCAUGUGUUUGGUGCCGUUGGAAUGGUAUCUCGGCUGCGAAAUCCUAUUGAGGUUGCUGCAAUGGUUGCCAAAGAACAGUUGUGUGACAACAAGAAAUUUGUUCUGCCAACUGUAUUGGUAGGUCGAGGUGCUGAAGACUGGGCUCAAAAGCGUGGGAUUGAACUUUGUGAUCCAGCAUCACUAAUAUCAAAGAGGUCACAGCAACAAUGGCGAGAAGCUCGAGAAAUUGUUAAGAGCUGGGAAAAGGAGACGAUGGAUACCGUAGGCGCUGUAUCGUAUGAAAGUGGUGGUUGUAAUGCGGCAUGCUCAAGUGGUGGAAUGAUAUUGAAAGCCGAAGGGCGACUAGGUCAUACAAUUCAAAUUGGUGGCGCUAUUUGGGCGGAUCAGAAGGAUUCCAAGAGCGUUGCAGUUGCACUGUCUGGCUGUGGUGAAUACAUCGGUCAAACGCUAUUAGCAAAGACUCUUGCUGAGACUUUACUCAGUUGGAAGUGUGAAGACGAUAUGAUUCUGGAUAAAAUCAAACAUGUUUUCAAUACCACAUUUCUACAUUCUCCUUAUCUACAAACUCGAAAUAAAAGGCACAUUCUUGCUGGUGGGUUGGUGCUGUUUGUCGACAGAGAAAGCGGGUGCGCAGAACUUGUUUCAUUUCACAAUACAGCGGAAUUGACUUUUGCGUUUUUUGGAAAUGGAACUGGAAUGAAGUACCGUUCUCAUUCGAAAAUGCAUGGCUCAGCAAAAAAGUUUGUAAUUCCUUCCCGAGACGAUGACUUGUUGGAAGAGAACGACGAUUUUUACACAAUUAGUGUGCGUCCUCAACUGGACGAGAUCAUUUCAAAAGUGUUUCAAUUUCAUCAUGACAUAGAUGCUGGCAGAUGGUCGCGGAUCAUCGAUAGAUUCGAUCAUCUAUUUUUUACGAUAAAGCCGUUUUCCGAGGGUGAACCGUGGCGUCUUCGUGCUCAGCUUAUCUCGGUUUUAAAUACCGGCUUAAAACUCACAUUAGACAGCAUCGAAGAACUGUUACCAAUGCUUACAAGUGAGGCGGAAGCUGAUUUAGCAGAAGAUCUAUUUGCUGAAAGAGAAAUGCAUGCACGGGCAUUUUUAAUGUAUGUAUAUUUGUUAUGCCGACUUGCUGUUCUUUUUGAAAAAGAAUCAUCUAAUCGGCAGUCGGAAACAUCGAGCACCAAGAAAGGCCGAAAAGCAGUGUCAGAUAAAGCAGACGAUCAGUACAUGAUCCAGUGGACAUGCGAUCGAGGCAAUACUUUGAAAUCAUUACGUCGUGCAUUUUCAAUGAAUAGUAUCGAUGCGCAAGGACGACAGCGUAACACGGCUAUUCGGUUUCUUUGGCAACCAUCUAUAGUGCCCCCGGAAAUGUUAAAGAUUUCGAAAGAUCUGGCCUACAAAUUUCUCGAAAAUCCAGAACUCAGUAAAGUUAGCGGACGUGAUUGGUUACAAACAAUAUUUGGCUACCUCAAAGUUAUUUGUAUUGAUUACAGCGAAGUUGCUAAAGUCGGUGCUAAAUUGGUAAAUUUGAUGAAACGUCUCGAUUAUUUAUCUCUUUCUUCGUUAACACAAUCACCUUUUGUUGAUGCAAUCGAAUCUGUUUCUUAUUACGAUGAUAUGGAUAUUCUUUUUCAGUCGAUGCUUUCGGCACUUAGCCGCUUAUCAAAAAGCGAUUUCGCUCGUAGUGAUGUAUCAGCUCGACCAUUCUCUUUAUUUAUUGUUUCACUAGCCGAGAAGAAACCAUAUUUGUUGAAUAAACAUAUCGUCAAUAUUGCUCCAUUCCUAUCCGAUGAUCCAGCCACUCUUCGCUGUGCCGUUCUGACUGCCUUUGUCGAAAUCGUUAUGGUUGUAUAUAAAGGAAAUUUACCAGAAGGUAAUUUUCGAAGGUCACGCGAUCGUCUUCUUCUUCACUUACAGGAUCACACGGUUGAUGUAAAUGCAGUAGUACGUUCUCGUGCAUUACAACUAUGGACACGUUUGGCUCGCGCCUCACAAAUACCGAUAGUUUUUAUUAGUGGUGGUCUUAUUCGUGAUGCUGGUGGUCGUUUAAUAGACAAGUCGGUGUCGGUUCGGCGAAAUGCGGCUACUUUUUUAAGUGCCAUUUUGGAAUACAAUCCAUUUGGAGCUUCUUUGAAUGCUGAUGAUUUGGCGGAUGCUAUCAGUCGUCUUGAGGCGGAACGAUUUGAAUUGAAGAAUAACAAUCCAGAGAAGGAAGGAAUCAGAAAAGCGUGUGUUGAAUGGGCAUCUAUGAAAGAAAAUUUGAUUCAGUGGAUUACAAAAGCAGUCAAACAAAGACUAAGCAAACGGAAUGCAGAUGCUAGUGAAGAAGAAAGCGUAGGAAACACUAUUGAUCAAAAUGGGAAUGAAAAUGCUGGAGAUACAGAGAAUAUUUAUGCUGAGGUCAGUGAAACAAAUGGCGUUAGCAUGACCGCGGUUGACGAGUGCAUCAUUGAUGAUGAUGUCACGCUCGAAGAACUGAUAACAAAAAUUGUACAUGCUCUUGAAAAUCGUGGAACAUGCCGUGCGGCUAUCGAAGUACUAGUUCGAGCAGCUCUCGAUGGCAGAUUUCCUACUAUUAACAGGAAUGGAUCAGCCGAUGAAAUCAUUCGGGAAUGUUAUGAAUCGUUACAAGUGUAUUAUUUCGGUAUGGUUUUUGGACACUAUGAGCAUAGAAAGAUGCAAUUAGCUGAUGAUGAAGAGAUGCUGGAGUUGGAGGACCGCAUUGGGGAUUAUCAGAAAACGAUGGAGGAACUGGAUAAUAAAAACAAGCUACAUGAGAAUGCUAUAAUGUUUUCACUGGAAAUUGAAAAUUGCAUGAAACUAGCAUUACGGUCGGUAAUGUAUGGGCAAGCUAAUGAAUUGACUGAAAUUAUUCAUUUUAUUGUGGAAGCUAAUAAAUUUGGAAUUCGUGGCUCGGAAAAAGGUGUCCGUGAAUUGUUCAAAGUGGUUUGGAGGCGAGACAAUGCGAUUAAAGAAAUUAUCAUAAAUGCUGCUCGAGAUUUAUUCAUCUCUGCGAACAAAGAUCGCGAUGUGAGUGCACGGAGAAGUGCAGAAAAUCUCAUUAAAAUAGUCCUUGGUAUCGAUGAAGAAGAAAGAGUAUCCGUUGAGGAGGUGCUUUGUUUGAUGGCUCGGGAAAAUCGCUGGGAUAUUGAUUUGCUUGAUGUACUCUCCGCAGUGGUCUUUGAAACUCAAGGCGCAUCUCGCAUUGCAGCUUUGCGUCUCUUUUCUAUUAUAUGCAGAGCGAACAAAGAAUUUAUGAGAGAGAGAUUGAACUUUUUUAUUGAAUUGACGCAGCGCGAAGGUUUUUUCGAUAAUGAUGACGGCGCAUUAGCAGCCGAAUUCUUUAAUGCAGUCUCAAUGUUGGGAAGUACACCGAAUACUAGAGAUGUUAAUACUCUCUACGAACCACCGUUUCGUCUCCCUGAAACACAUCGCAUCCUUCAAUGUGUCCAUGCUGUAUUAGUACAAAAUGUGGCAAAUACAUCAUAUAACUGGUUAAGUAUGAUGCAAAAAGCGGUGAACACAAUAUUUUACGUGGCUGCGAGGCCAUCUCUUUGUUGUCGACUUAUUGCCUGUGGAUUAAUGCAUGAAGCAAAACGGUCCCUUGCAUACUUUUUCCUGAAGAAACGAGAAAUUCAACAAAUUGAAACAAUUAACUUUGAAAAUCCUCCGAACAGUGCAGAUGUUGAUGAGUUUGGAGAUCUAUUGGCAGUGGGAAAGGAACGGUUACGAGACUGUAGUGAAGCUGAAGAUGAAGAACUAAUCGGGUCACAGAAUGUCGGUCUUGUUGAUGAUGAGAAUCUUUCGAAAAUGAAAAAGGAUGUAUUGAAAUUAUUGGAUAAAGAUAAGGAGCAGUCCUUUCUAGCUUGGGAAACAGUGGCAGAACGAGUUUGUGCCUUUGCUGGACAGAUCGCUCUAAAGACAUUAGUCCACACUGAUGUGUCAUUUGUGGCCGAGAUGAAAAGGAGAAAUGAAAUUUUGCACGGCAUUCGAGCAACUCUAAAUGAUAUUGAUCAUAAUAAAUUGGAAAGAGCGAAUUAUGUUGAAGAGUUUUCAAUAAAAAGGGUGCUUUCAACAUUGGAAGCUGAAUCAGUUGAAAGGCGUGGAUUUUUUGAAGUUAAUGAACAAGAAGAAGGCGAUCGUUUAGGUUUAACGGGAAUAUCAGAAGAAGAGCGCAUCUUGGAGCGCGCACAGCGAAUAUGCGAAAAUGCUGUAUCGCGUAAGGGAUCAUUACUACAUCGUUUAAGUAAAUUUUUAGUUGCAGUUGUGAAGUCGAAGAAAAAUACAUGUUCAGAAAAACUUCGUUCAACAGCAAUAUUGGCAAUAUCAAAAUUCAUGCUUCUGAGUAUGAAAACAUGUAUGCGUUUCAUGCCAUUAUUUUUGGAGUAUUUCAAAAAUUCACCAAGUUCAGAAUGCCGUAGCAAUUUGAUGAUUGCAAUUGGUGAUUUAUGUUUUCGUUUCCCAAAUGUGAUCGAGAAAUACAGUGAGCAUCUCUAUCAUGGAAUUAAUGAUAAAGACGAUUAUGUGCGGCAGACUUCUAUUAUUGUAUUGUCCCAUCUUAUGUUAAACGAUAUGGUGAAAGUACGUGGAACGGUUGCCGACCUGGCACAGUGUGUAAAUGAUGAAAAUGUUAAUGUAGGACAGCUUGCAAAAUUCUUCUUUUCGGAACUUGCGAAGAAGGGAAACAUUCUUUAUAAUUUGAUGCCUGAUAUGAUCUCACGUCUUUCAUCUAGCAAAUCAAUAACUAUCGAUGAUUUUAUAAAAAUAAUGAAGUUGUUACUGGCAUUUAUCAAAAAGGAUAAGCAAGCUGAUAGUCUACUUGAAAAACUAAUACAGCGUAUGCAAGGAGUUAUUAAUAAAGAUGGACUAUUUGACGUACGGUUGGCAGAGUGUUUAUCAUAUUGUAUUUCAUGCCUUCCAUUAAGUGAAAAAUCGUUUCGGUUUAUGGCUGAAUCUUUACCAGCUUAUUCAAAUUUGCUGGCUUUGGAAUGUGUUUUUACGAAUUUACAAUCGGCUGUUCUUCACUUUAAAAAAUAUUCCGUGCGGAACACAGAGCUUAAGGGAGAAGUGGAUGAUUUUUUGGAAUCACUGACUGAAAUGCAUCAUGACAAACAAGAACAUGAGGGCAUUGCUUAUCGAGGAUUGAUUCAUAGGAAGAAGUGCAAGGCACCAUUGAAGUUGAAGAAGGCUCGCUAA